CUUUCCCCUCUCUUCUCUCUCUCUCCUCUCUCCUUUCUCUCUCUACUCUCUUCUCUCUCAUGGCGGAAAACAACAGCAAAGACCUCUUGAAGCUGGAGGCCGACGCCCCCUCCUCCUCCUCCUCAUCUUUAGAAUCAAAGCUCUUUGUUUGCAAAAAAGACAGCUCUUUUUCUGUGUCUGAUGCACCGCCCCAAACGAAGCCCACCAUGUUACCUCUUCCCAAGAGUCAAUUUCUUGGAAAAGUAAAGGACUUUUUAGGCGUUAUAUCGGAAUCGAACAAAAAGUUGUUGGAAGACGCAAAGGAAAAUCCCGAAAAAUAUGAUAUGGAAGUGCUGAGCGGAAACGAAUCCAAAUUCAUUGAAAUGGAUCUGAUGCUGGGUAUUGCCGAUCUUCAUACACCAGAGGCUGUAGCAGCUGCAGAGUCUGCCAUGGCUGGUCGCCCACCGGUAAUUAAUUUAUCAGAUAGUAAUGAUAGUAGCAGUGACGAUGAUGAUGAAGCGGGCCCACAAUCCGUUAAGUCUGAAUCGGAGGAUGCUGUAAGAGAUACUACUACUGCAUCAUGUAAUGGAUCGAGGAAAAAGAAACCGAAAAAGAAAACUAAGAUUGUUGAGCUGUCGUAAAAUCAUCGUAUGAAGUGUGAGAUAUAUUCUUUUAAGAGUAGUUUGAAGAAGUCGUUGUCUGGUAAUGCAUAAUCGAAACUGGAAAUCAAAAGACUAAAGUCUGAGAUGGGUUAUUUGUGCUUCCCCUAAUGCAUUUUACCUAUUCUUGGUGGUUUAUUUA